GCCAAAUCCAACCAGGCAGAAAACGAAACUGCAGUAGUCGCCAUGGCACUCGCUGCUAGCUAUGGCGCGAUCGACGCGCGGUCCCUCGAAGCCGAGCUUCUGCUCGUCUCGUUCGGAGCGCCUCCCUCGUUCCCGCUGCACCGCGGCGCAGAAGACGGGUCCUUAUUAUCACGCGAAGCACCGUCGCGUGCACCGCCGUUGGCCGUGCUGACCUCCGUGCUUGCGCUGAUCAGGGCGGGAAGGUAUGUCGCAGCGCUGCAGCGCGCAUCCUUCGCGCUCGCGGUCUUCCCCUCCGCGGAUCAGCUGGCGGAAGCGGUGGCGGCAGGCGCGCAGAGCCAGCAGGGGGAAGCAGCCACAGGCGCAGCGGCGGCGGAAGCCUUUUUCCGUGCAGUGCGGGGGAGAAUCGGCGCAGUGCUGGCGGAUCUGGGGGGGGAAAAUCCCUCAGAAAGCGCAAAAGCGGAGGGGGGUGAGGGGGCAGGGGAUGCGGCCCAACCACAUGCCGAAUCAACUCAAAUGCAUGUCGAAUGGAGUCAAACGGCACAGGAAUCGUGCAAGGGGGAUGGGGCACUCCUCGAGUGGAGCGGGGGCGAGAGGGCGCUGGCGGUGUUGCUGAUGGGGGCGGCUAGCCUGUGCCUCUUCGUGCAGGCAAACGUGAGCGGCCCCGAGCCGUCUGCCGUUCCAACCCUCCCAUUUGGUCAAGGACCAGCAGCAGGUGCCACGACAGCAAGCACAGCUGACCCCUUGUUCCUCGCCAGCGAGGCGGCACGCGUGGCGGUGUGCAAGUGGUGCCAGGUGGAGCUGAUGACAGAUGGUGCUGACGUCACUGGCAGAUGCCACCUCCCCCAGUACCUCCUCCUCGCCAGGUCCCUUCUCCUCCCCCCUCUCUUCCCACUCCUCUUCCCCUCCCCUUCCUCCUCUUCCCCCUCCCCCUCCUCCUCUGUUAAACCUUCUGACGCCUUCUCCCCCGCCCUUCUGCCGCCCUCCUGGCCCUGGUGGGCGGCGAGGCUUGUCGUGAUUCACCAGAGGGUGCUACAGGAGCGGUCCCCCUCCCUCCGCGCCCUGCUGCUGCCAUGCACUGUUCACCUGGGGACGACUCUGGGGGGGAAAGAGGAAGUGAGAAAAGCGCUUUUCGCGGGAAGGGAUGAGGAGGAGGGAGGAAGGAGAGGGGAGGAGGAGUGGGAGAGGAAUGAGGAGAGAGCGGAGGGGGAGGUGUGUGUGCGGGUGGCAGCGAUGGUGCAUUUGGAGGUUGGGAUGAUGGAGAUGGCCUAUGCACACGUGGACACUGCCAGGAAGUGCUUCGAGAGGUCUUUAGAAGAGUGCGGGGUGGCACUGAGUGUGACUGGAGCUAUGGGGUACCGCACGGUUCAUCAAGUUGAUCCCAAGGCCCAGCUGGUGCUGCAGGUAAGGAGGGGGGAAGCACUAGCUGCAGGCAUGGCAGAGGAUCGGAUGGAGGAAUGGGAGAAGGGAAAAGCUGGAGGGGAGGGAGAGGGGGAGGGCGAGGGAGAGGGUGAGGAGGAGGAGGGCGAGAGUAUGGAGGAGUUGGAGUGCUUGCUUGAGCCCGAGAGUGACGUGCUGCUGGCGCCGCGCCUGGUGGAGGGGAGCGGCGGGGCAGAGAAGCACAGCACAGCAGCAACUGGAGCCGGGGCUGAUAGGCGCGGUGGUGAGGGCGGCAGCGCUGGGGGUGUGCUGAGGGGCGUGGAGCAGGCGGCAGUGCUGGCCAUGGCUGUUGACACGGUGAAGAGCAAUGCAGCUGACGAGAUGAGGGGGUGGGAGGCAGCGCCUUAUAUCGAGGCAAUCACUCUCCAGCAGCACAUUCCGCCCAUGGUUAAGGCGGGCUGUGAGCUGUUGAGGAUCCGGUGGGAGCGGAAGAGAUCGCACACGCGGCAGAGAGCGGUUGCCAUGAUGGAGAGGCUGAUCCAUUCAAUCUCGCAUCAGGAAAAGCGAAUCUGGUGCCAGCAGCAGCAGCAGCAGCAGCAGCAGCAGCAGUUGCAGUCAUCCUCUCCAAAAGCAGCUUCGGGAACAGCAGGAGGAGCUGCAAGCAGCACAACGCGUAAGGAGUGGGAGGAGGCGAGGGAAGCAGCUGAGAGGAUGCGAUCCUGCUUCGCAGUCUGGUUCCCCACCACUCCUGCCCUCUUCAAGGAGUAUGGCGAACUGCUAGUGGCGAAUGGGUGUGUGGGAGAUGCCAUGCGGGUGUUCGAGAGCAACGAUCUGUGGGACCACCUCAUCGACUGCUACAGUCUCCUGGGCAAGCGAGCAGCAGCAACAGCGCUUGUAACUCAGAGGCUCAAGGAGCAGCAGGAGGACCCGCGCCUCUGGUGCUGCUUGGGGGAUCUGACUGAGGAGAGGGAGUGCUAUGAGAAGGCGUGGGAAUACUCCCGGCACCGAUAUGCACGCGCCCAGCGAUCGCUAGCGCGCAUGGCGAUGAACAACAAGGAUUUCCAGUCAGCCAUCACUCACUGGGAGGCGGCUCUGGCGAUCAGCCCUCUGCAUGGCUCCGCCUGGUUCUCCCUGGGCUACUCCGCCAUCCAGGCAUGCGACGGGGACAAGGCUCUCUACGCUCUCACGCGUUCAGUCCAAAUAGACCCGGACAAUGGAGAGGCGUGGAACAACCUCGCUGUACUGAACCUGCAGCGCAACCGAAUGCCUGAGGCGUUCAAGACACUACAGGAGGCACUCAAGCACAAGGGCGACGAUUGGCACCUGUGGGAGAACUUUGCCAAGGUGGCUCUAGACGUGAAGAGCUACCAGCAGGCCACAAGGGCGGCAGCACGAGUGUUGGAGCUGACCACUGGGAAGAGGGUCGACACGGGUGUGCUAGAAGGGUUGAUAGGGGUGGUGGAGAGGAGUAGGCGAGGGGGGAGGGGGGAGGAGGAGGGAGGUGGAAGGGGAGAGGAGGGGCAAAGUGGGAGGGGCGUUGCUGAGGGAGGGGAGAAAGUGGCGGAGAGGGGUACUGGAGGUGCUGCUGAGCUGGAUGAUCUGGUGAUGGAUUUGCAGCCGUUGGAUCUGGGCAAGAUGGCAGGGGGGGAGGGGCAGGGGGAGGAGGCGGUGGGAGGGGAGAGUGGGGGAGAGGGCGAUGGUGUGCCUGUAACGAAUGGUGCUUAUAAGGAGGAUGGUGGGGCGGAGGAGGGGAGUGAUGGUCCCAUGAACGAAAGGGAGGCUAUGAGGCUUGAAUCUGAGCUGAGGAAGCUUCUGGGAAAGGCAGUGGCGUCAGGAGCAGGUGUGCCUGAGAUCUACCGCCUGCAAGGAACCUUCCUGGAAGCGGUGGGCGACGCUGACGUGGCAGCCGAGGCCUUCCUGCGCCACGUGCGCGCACUGCAGUCCGCCAGCUGGCAGCACGGCGAACCAGCGGCGUUCCGCCAGCUGGCGCAGGCGGCGCUGAGGUGGACAGUGGCUGUGGUGCGGGGAGUAGCGGGGGAAGAGGGGGUGAAGGAAGUGAGGGGAGGAGGGGAGAAAGAGGGGGAGGGUGUGAGAGUGAGUGGUGCGGGCAGGAGGAGAUUGGCAUCUGUGCGCAUGCUUCUAAGCAACAUUGUGAAGCAGGGAGACCUUUUCUCUGACCUUGCUGAGUUUGGAGAGUUGAAGUCAGCUCUAAGCGUUGUUAGCGACCUAGAGGCCAGAGAGGGAUGAGAUUCGCGUAAAACGUGUCGUGAAUUAUUUUCGUAUUAUGUAGUCUUAGCAUGUAAGCUUUGGACUGGAAAAUCAACAAAGUUGCCCUUA